AUGGCGCACGAAACAACCCCCCUCCUACACCCCGGGAAACACAAACACUCCGCCCACUGGGUCUUAUUCCUCGUCUGUAUCGUAAUCGUUACAAUCGACCUGGGCGGUUCUCUCUCCGUCGCCCCGCAGACCCAAAUCCUAGAGGACAUCGUCUGUCGCGCUCUCCACCGCGAUGCAGUCAUCUCCGCAUCGACCUGCAAGGGCGUCGACGUCCAGAGCGAGCUUGCGCUGAUCAACGGCUGGAAGGAAACUUUUGAUCAGAUCCCGGGGAUUAUUCUCGCUCUACCGUAUGGCAUCAUGGCUGAUCGGGUCGGCCGAAAGCAGGUCGCGAUGCUGAGCAUGUUGGGGCUUACGAUGCAAGAGGUUGCUGUGCGGAUAGUCUGCUGGGAUAGUCCCAGGAUCCCUCCACGCGCGAUCUGGUUUACGUCCGUAUUCCAGCUCUGUGGGGGCGGUGCCCAAAUCGCCAGUUCGAUGGUGUUUACCAUUAUGUCGGAUAUCUUUCCUGUUCAGAAAAGAACGAACAAGUUCUUCAUUGUAUAUGCCGCCAUGCUUGCGGCUGAGAUCGUAGGGGGUCCCAUCAGCGCAUGUCUCAUGGCUAUCGCUUCACCCUGGCUACCGUAUCUUCUCGGACUGUUUUGUGAAUUUAUCGGCUUGGCUGCUGUCCUAGCAAUACCGGAGACACUGCCUGAGAAAUUGGACAUGGACUACUCACCCACAACCCAUUACACAAACGGAGAAAACAAACAAAGUGGUCAGGUCGUGUGGGCAGUCAAACUCGCCACAACACAAAUACUACGCAUAAAGCAACUCCUCUGCAGAAAUAAAAACAUCUUCACAAUAACGAUGGCAUUCCUCUCCGCAACCGCAGGCCAGCAGGCCCUAAAGCUAAUACUGCAGUACGCGUCAAAGCGAUUCUCCUGGUCGAUGGGUGAAGCAAGUCUCCUCCUCUCGCUAAAGGGGUUAAUAAACCUCGUCCUCCUCCUGCUUAUUCUCCCUACACUGUCAGAACAAUUGCAAAAGCGUCUUGCACCUGCGAAAAAGGACCUCUUAAUCGCACAGGGAAGUUCUGCCUUCCUUGUCCUGGGAUUCACUAUCAUGGCGCUCGCCUCGGAUGCAAUGCCAUUCAGUAUCGGGGUAUCGAUUCUCGCGCUUGGCUCGGGAUUCUACACUGUGCUGCGUAGUUUGGCGAGCGCUUUGGUACCGGAGACACAAGUUGGGCUGUUGAAUACGACUAUUGGGUUGGUGCAGGGCGUUGGGGGUGUGGUUGCUGGUCCUGCACUUGCCGGGGCGUUCAAUUAUGGUAUGCAAUUUGGGGGGUCGUGGAUUGGGUUGCCCUAUUUUGUUGCUGCUGGGUUGUUUGCAGGGGCUGGAUUGGGGAUUUGUGGGGUGGUGGUUGAGAGUGUGCCUUAUGGAAUGGUGUAG